CUAGACACUGAAAAUGUUAUCUGAUUUUGUUAAUACCAUAAAAGACAUUAAUUAGACAUAUUUCAGGUACAAUAAUGCAGGUGGACUAGUAAACGUAAAAGUUAUAUUUUUGACAUCACGUAUUAUUUUAUUUUUUUCACGAUGAGUGAAGAAAAAAGUAACAAUGACGUUGCUACGGAACAGCCACAGGAAGAAAAUGGGUUGAAGUAUGAUUUCACAGACACUGAUGCUCUUAUUAAAGAGCUUGAGACGGUGGAACUUACGGAAGAAGACACCGAGGAUCUGCUGAUUGAGGCAUACAGGAUGAAUAUGAUGUUGAAGGAGGUGCUCCGGGCACAGGAGGCACAGAAGAAGAAGAAAAAGAAGAGCAACAGCGACUCGGGUCAGCCCGCGCAGUGUCCGAGGAACGCAAACCGCAGUCACCGCCGGUCUCCAGGGUCCACGCUGCCACCCAUUCAUCGGGCAGAGACUACGUUAGUGGGUAGAAGUCAAACCAAACAGACAGAGUCAGGCAGCAGGGCACCAACGCGAUCCAACUCGAAAUCUAAGAUGGCUGCCAGUCCAUCGCGAAAAGCCACAAGGAGUGCUGCUGACCGCCCGGUCUGGGAUGACCGAUUUUCGUUUUCUUAAAGGAUAAUUUAAUAACAGUAUUCCACCUUCAAGCCAGCAUUACAUUUCUACAUUACAAGUUGUACAUUUAAUACUGAAUAUGGAUUUGCUGUAGCCAUCUUGCAGAUUUUCAACAAUAACAAAAUACUUAUGGGGGGGUGGGGGUGGGGAUGGGUGUAUUAUGGAAUGCAUUUUUAGUUUGCAUUCAAAACACAUUUUAAAACAUAUUACUGGGAUAUCUAGGGUGGGGGGGGGGGGGGGGGGAUAUGGGGUUACUCAACAAUGAUGUAAUCCUGUAGGGUGAGAUGUAUUAUGGGAUGCAUUACAAAACAUCGAGGAUGGACAGGGAUGUUUGUCCAGAGUCAAGUAUAUAAUGUUUUUGAAACUAUUUCAUUUUUAUUCAUGGCCAUUUUCUUCGAUCAACAGAUGAUUUUUAAAUCUAUCAUUUAUUACCAAAGAAUACAAACAGGAAACUAAUCAUGUUGGUCAGAUUAAGGAAAUCAGAUGUGGGUAUUGACAAGCAUUAUAUAAUUUAUUCUUAUUAAUAUGUUUUUUUUUUAAUCAAUUAAUUAAUUUAUUAUUAUUAUUUUAUUUAUUUAUUUACUAGUAUUUUUUUUUUUUAAUUUAUUAUUAUUAUUUUUUUUAUUUUUAUUUUUUUAUAAUUUAAUAACUGUUUAUUUUUUCUUGACCAUUCCCUUGCUUACUUACUAGUAUUUUUUUUUUUCUGGGGGGUGGGGGUGGGGAUAGUUAUAGCAUUGCAAACAUGUUGUGGAUGUUGCUAGAUUUUGUGUUCAAUCGUUGAAUGGCCUCUUUUAUAACUGCUUACAGAAUUGUUGAAUGACCCAGUUCCAUACUGGUAUAGUAUUUUGUGGAAGAAAUAAGUUGGUAGGUCUAUGCAAUGUACUAGUACAAGUGUAUAUAUAUAUAUAUAUAUAUAUAUAUAUAUUUAAACUAAUCUGUAUAAAUUUGACUAUCUUUCCGUCAUUGCAAUUCUUGCCCUUUGACUACACAGUGUAACUGCCAACCAGUACAUGGGCGGAUCCAGGAAAUAUUUUUAGGGGGGGACCAAAAAAGAAGGGCACAUUGACUCGUCAAAAGGGCACCUUACUACAAGUUUUGAUAUUUACAAUUAAUAUGAAUUCCUACAGUUC